AUUCAUAAAUUCACAACUUAUUUCUAUUUUAAAUAGUGUAUUUAUGUCUUAUAUGCAACCCUAAAGACUGCAUAUAGCAUAACUCUGUUAUUAUAACUCGAAUGAAGUAUGUUUCUUUUCUCCCUAGGGGCAUAUUUGUAACUUCCCUACUCAAACCAAAUAAUUACAAAUUCCCACACCUCCUAUACUCUUAUUUCCCCUUUGUCUCUUCCUCUCCCUUCACUUUCCUUCCUCCUACCACCCAAAAACUCAUACUUAAAACUCCACUUACCCUCCCCAAAUUUUGAAUUUUACAUCCUCAAACAACAAAUUUCAAAACCCAAAAUCUCAAUCAUCAUUAUUCAUCACCCACACCAAGAAAAAAAAAAUGAUUCAAACAACCUUAACACCCACCAAAUUCACCAUACUUUAACCAUUCCAAAAAACAAAAAAAAAACUGAAAGCUUUACAUUAUCUCCAUUAAUGGCGGCUGGUUGGAUGAAAUCAUUACAAUGCAAAUCAAAAGCAGUUGAAGAUGUACACCAACCUCAACCAAAACAACUUCUUACAAGCACUAGUUGCAGAAACAGCUUUCAAAAUCUCAAAGAUGUUGUUGUUGUAGAUAAUAAUCCCAAGUCCAAGCCCAACUCCAAGCCCAUUACAAAACCCAGAAAAAAGCCCAGAAAGCCCGACCCAUUUUCCCACCAUGAACAUACUUCAUCAUCAAAUCGAGUUAAACGCAGCGUUUCAGCACCAUUGAGUAAAACUCCGAUUAUCAUUGACCCGGUAUUUCCUUCGGUAACAGAGUUACAAAUUGGUCAUCCUUCAAGAAACGUUGUAGAGAUAAUAUUUCAUACAAGGUGGGGCCCGAAAGGGUUUUCGGGUCGGGUUGAGGUUGUUUUUAAGAUUCAGAAUUUGGGCCGGACUUUGGGCCGGUUCGAGGAGUAUAGAGAAUAUAUCAAGAGUCGGGUUCAUAUGGGUUCGGGUUCGGGUCGGUGUGUUGCGGAUGGUAAUGAAAUGAUGCGUUUUCAUUGCUUGGGACCCACAAGUGUGAUGAUGGACGGUUGUGAUGGUUUUUGUGAGAAGAUCAACGGUAGUAAAGGUGCCACGUCGGUUUGUACUUAUUCGGGUAGUGGUGCGGCCCAUGAGAGUGCGGGUGGUGGGCUUGGGCUUCGGGCUAUGGUGGUUUGUAGAGUGAUAGCGGGCCGGGUUUCGAAACGAGUUGGGCUAGGGAAUGGAUCCACCGAGUUGGGUGAGUUUGACUCAGUGAGUACGGAGAAUGGCGAGUUGUUUGUGUUUGAUUCUCGUGCGGUUUUGCCUUGUUUUCUUGUCGUCUAUAAACUGUAAAAAUAAAAAAAAGACAUGAAAAAAAAUUUAUCAACACAAUUUUUUUUACUCAUUUUUUUACUGCUACUACUUUUUUUUCUGAGUAUUGUGUUGAUAAUUUUCUUCUUUGAUUAUGUGCAUAUUAUGGGAUUUUUUUUUUUUAACUUUAGCAAUUAAAGGGGUUGUGUAAUUGAUGAUUUAGAAAUUUGUUAAUGCUAUUAAUCUUCUUUGGUAUUCAGAUUGAUAUUCAUUUUUUGGGAACAAAUUAAAGUUGUGUAAAUAGCAUUUGCAUAGUAUUGAGCUGUUUAUGUGGAUUGUAA